GGUAGGCACACUCUCUUGCGACGUCCUCUAAUUUUUUUUUUGACAAAUCGCACUUGGGUCUAUUCAGUUGAACGCUCGGCAUGCCUCCACCCAGCGGACCACGCGAUCCCAUCGCGGGUCCUGACGACGGUCCUGCCCCGCCUUUCCCACUACGCUUCAAAGGCCCAGUCAUAAAGGGCUUUGGGAGAGGCAGCAGAGAGCUCGGCAUACCCACCGCAAACAUACCCCUCGAAGGUGUCUCCAUUGCGGGCAAAGAACUCGACAGCGGCAUCUAUUUCGGCUGGGCUGGUCUCGACCUGCCUCCCUCAGAUGCCACGACCUCGUCCACGUCCUCUGAACCUGAUGCGACGCCAUCAUCGCAGGGUGCCUCUAUCUCGAAGAGAAUCUCCCAAGCCGCCUCCCAUAUCGCGUCCAAAGUGAAUGGCACAUCGCAUCUUCGAGGCCAGGUCUACCCCAUGGUCAUGUCGGUAGGCUGGAAUCCAUACUACAAGAACACGGUGCGAAGCGUGGAGAUACAUAUCAUGCACGAGUUUGGGAGAGAUUUUUACGGUCACCACUUGAAUAUCUUGAUCUUGGGCUUCAUCAGGCCUGAGUAUGAUUACGUGUCCGUAGAGAGUUUGAUCGAGGAUAUUAAGACAGACAUUGAGGUCACGAAGAGGAGUCUGGACAGGCCGCCAUAUGCGAAAUUGAAGGACGACGCGUGGCUGAGGACGUUCCCUGAGAACCCGAGGACAACAGAACACGGAAACGAUACGCCAUCGUGAUGAGAAGGACAAGGCAGGAAGUAUUUAACGAGAAGAUAGGGGCUGGUAUCCAGGCUCGAUAGAUAGAUCAUACCAUAGACAAGUUGAGAGGGUAUCUGGCGACAUCUAUGCAAACAAUAUAAGACAAAAAAGCGUCAAUCAAGCAAGA